AUGGCAGACCUGGACGGCAUUCUGCGGCGUUACACCGUGCACGACGAUGACACCAAGGAUCGCCUCCUCGGAGGCGCGUUCGUGGCUGUGAAUAAGGACGGAGUGAUUUGCUCCGGCGCCGCGGGCAGAAUCGACUUCGACCGAGACGCCAAGGCGUUCGCGGGGGACACGUUCACCUGGGUUGCCUCGCUCACGAAGCUGCCCACCAUCACCUGCGUCAUGCAGCUGGUUGAGAAGGGCGUCGUGAAGCUUGAGGAUGACAUUCGCCAGGUGGUCCCCGAGCUGGGCAAGCUGCAGAUCCUCAAAGGGUUCGACGGCGACCAGCCGAUCCUCGAGGACAACACGAAGCCAAUAACCCUGCGGAUGCUGCUCUCUCACGUCUCCGGGCUGGGCUACGACACGAGAGAUCCAGACACCAUCCGCUGGGCCAAGGCCAUCGGCCGCACGGGGAACCACCUCGCCUUCAACCUCUCGGGUUUCAGCACGCCGUUCAAGUUUCCCCCCGGCGAAAGCUGGCAGUACGGCUCUGGCGUCGACUGGGCGGGCAUCGCACUGGAGCGGCUCACGGGACGGACGCUCGGGGCGUACAUGCAGGCACACGUCUUCGACCCAGUCGGCAUGAAGGACUCUGGCUUCUGGCCAGAGCGACUGCCCGACACGGAACCGCGCACCGCGCCGGGGUCGCUGCGCCAGGACGACGGCACGCUGAAGCCGUUCCGCAUGCCGCUGCCCAAGGAGCACGACCUCGAGGGCGGCGGCGCGGGGCUGCACACCACGGCCGACGACUACGCGCGCUUCCUGCGGGCGUUCCUCGCGGGCGAGCUACUCACCGAGGAGUCGAUGCGCACCAUGUUCACGCCGCAGCUCGACGAGCGGCAGCGCGCGGGGCUGGAGCGCACGGCGUACGACCCCGCGAGGCAGUCCGAGUACGCGCCAGAGUUCCCCACGGGGCUGCCCAUCAGCUCCGGGAUCGGGGGGCUGCUUAACCUCGAGGACGUGCCGGGGAAGAGGCGCAAGGGGAGCAUGAUGUGGACUGGGGCGUGCAACAGCCGCUGGUGGGUUGAUCGCGAGACGGGCGUUGCGGGCGUCAUGAUUGUGAACUGCUUUCCCUGGGGCGAGCCGGUGAAUGGGAAGCUGUACGACGAGCUGGAGAGGGCCGUGUAUAAGAGCAUUGGGCAGAAGGCUUGA